GUGCGCGAGGGUGUGUGUUUGGGAGGGAGAACGGACCGUGGGAAGAGGCUUUAAAGAGAAAUUAAUUGAGGUGAGGGCGGAUGGCUAACGGCACGAAUUUCCGCGUUGUCCCCGGGGGAGAGGAGAGCAGCGAGAGCGACGACGACGGCUGGGGUAUCGGGUUCAUGUCCCAGGCCCAGUGUUUAGAUGAAAUCUCGCACAGCCAGGAUAAAAAUGAAGUUUUCAAAAAAGCAUUAACUGCUGGAAAUUUGUCUGUCAUUGAGGAACUUUUAAAUACAGGCAUAAAUGUAGAAUCUAGCCUUAAGUUUGGAUGGACUCCCCUCAUGUAUGCUGCUAGUGUUGCGAAUGUGGAACUUAUGUAUCUCCUUCUAAGCAGAGGUGCAAAUGCAAGCUUUGAGAAGGAUGAUUAUUCAGUAUUGAUGGCUGCAUGUACUGCAUCUGGUUCAGAAGAACAGAUUUUAAAGAGUGUAGAACUACUGCUUUCAAGAAAUGCAAAUCCUAAGGCUGCAUGCAAGAAGAAAAUGACUCCAUUAAUGUAUGCAGCCAGAGAAGGCCAUUCUCAAGUUGUUGCUCUUCUUGUUGUUCAUGGAUCACAAGUAAAUGCCCAAGAUAAAGGCGGUUACACUGCAUUAACGUGGGCAGCAUGCCAGGGCCAUAAAAAAGUAGUAUUCAAGCUGCUUGAACUUGGAGCUGAUAAAUCAAUACAGACAAAAGAUGGACAGACCCCAGGAGAGAUUGCAAAGAAGAACAGGCAUUUAGAGCUUUUCAGUUUACUAUCUUUAUCGGCAAAUCCUUUCCAAAGAAAAUUCCAGAACCUGAGCAAAGAGGAACCUAUUCACAGAUUUAUAGCUGCAGUUCCAGAUACCCUUAAAAGCCAUAAAAGCAGUUCCUAUGCAGCUUUUAGUGACAUGGAAGUCUUUCUACAUGGUCUUGAACUUGAACACAUAACAGAAUUACUGAAGGAGAGAGAAAUACCUUUAAGACAGCUUUUGACAAUGGGAAAAGAAGACUUAAUACAAUGGUCAGAAAUCCAGCUGAGCAUCAGUUUAACUGCAGAAAAAAGGAAGGCUUAUAUCCUGGGCUGGUAUGAAAUUCAGUAUAGCUGUCUGCAAAAGAGGAAAUCUUAUGGGUUUCUACAGGGUACCCUACAGGGUAUAUUGAGUGGAGGGAUGGGAGAUACUCUGGAAAUUAAGGAGAUGUUUUGA